CCCCUCCGUCCCUUGGCCUUAUGGUUUCACCCAAGGAAGGAGGGCAAAGGAAUGACGUUGAACGGCGGCCGCAACAACAACAACAACAUGUUACCACCAACAGCAAAUGCCGCCUCUGCAAUGAGAAAGAAGAGACAGUCGACCCCCUGAUCAGUGGGUGCAGCAAAAUUUCACAAACUGACUACCUACAACGCCAUGACCGUCUUGCUAAGAUCAUUCACUGGAAAUUGUGCCAGAAGUUUGGAUUUGAUUACAGCAAAAACCACUGGGAACAUCAGGCUGAGAAAAUUUUAGAGAAUGAGAAACUCAUGAUCUUGUGGGACUUCAGGAUUCAGACUGACAGGCACUUGGUCCACAACACACCUGACAUAACAAUAGUUGAAAAGAAAAAAGUAUGGUUCAUUGACAUUGCAAUACCUGGUGAUGCACGGAUUGAAGAUAAGCAGCAAGAAAAAAUCACAAAGUACCGGGACUUGCAAAUUGAAGUUGAGCGACUGUGGAAAAAGAAAUUGUGUGUUGUCCCGAUUGUAAUUGGAGCCCUUGGAGCAAUACCCAAAGGGCUACCCCGCUAUUUAGAAAUUCUAAAUUUGCCGGACUUGAACAUUUUGACUCUACAAAAAACCACCUUACUCAGAACAGCUUACAUCCUCCGACGAUACCUUAACAGUUCCUAGGUCCUUGGUUAGGACUCGAGCUGCUGAGCUAUUAA